AAGAGGGGGGGGGAGGGGGUUGCUCGCAGGGUGUGCCUCAGGUGGGAGCGUCCCAGCCGCUCUGUAGGCAACGUGGCAAUAAUCCCAGAGGGGUAAAAUCGCGGCUGGUGGGUUUACGUGACAUACGGGAACAGCCAGAAUGACCGCAGGAUCGCUGUAGAGCCCAGAGGUGCGAAUGAGCAGCGUUUCCCUCAGGGUCAAGGUCCUCUUCUAGUACUACAGCUCUUGGGAAGACUCUGGACAAUUCAGAAGUUACUCAGGAAGAAAUUGUGCUCCCACGCAAGAAAACCUGGGACAAGCUGGCAGUUCUUCAGACAUUGGCUUCUACUGUGAAGAGGGACCCUACUGCUGCUCAUUAUAUGUUCUACGAUGACCCUUACCUUAUGCCAAGAAAUGCAGCCAAUUCUCGUCUGUUUGCAUUGGCGAAGGAGUCUGGAAGAAAUGCUGCAAAAUACAUGGUGAAGCAGUUUCCUCAGUAUUUUGACAAGACUUUAGCAGAGCCCAACGUAGCAUGCUUGAUGCCUGAUACUCUGACACCUCAGAUUGAAGGAGUGAGUGAGGAAGCUCUAAAAGAGCGUAUCUACCUCAGAAGGGUGAAGGAGUCAGUGGAUCUAUUUGAUCAGCUUGUACAAGCAGGUACCUCUGUAUCUCUGGAGACCACAAACAGCCUGCUAGAUCUGUUAUGCUUCUAUGGAGAUGGAGAAUCUUCUCUGGAAGAAGAGAAAGAGCAAAAAGAGGAUUUGGAAGAACCAGGGGUGAACACUUCCGAGCAGAAGGCUCCAAGGAGACAAUUCCAGAGAGGUUCACAGUCAUUCAGCUCUAGAUGGAGGGAGAACAACAAUGCUGAGAGGAUAUUCAAGAUAAUGCCAGAGAGGAAUGCACACUCCUAUUGCACAAUGAUCCGUGGGAUGGUGAAGCAUGGGGUUUCUGCUAAAGCUUACGACAUGUACAUAGACCUGCUGAAUGAAAGACACAAGGCUGAUGUUCACACCUUCAACGUGCUGAUUACAGCAGUCCCAUUUCUAAAGGACAGGUUCUUAGAAAGAUGGGAAUUAGCCAAGGUCUUCCUGAAUCACAUGGUUCAACAAGGGGUGCAACCAAAUCUGCUAACUUUUAAUGCUUUACUGAAGACCCUGAGAAGGUGUGGUGGCGUGGGCAGAAGUAUGUCUCCAUUGGUAAUAAAGGAAAUGGAAGCACUUGAUAUAGAACCUAGCCUUGCAACCUAUGAUCAUCUUCUCACGAUAUUUUAUCGAGGUGGUGAUCUUAGCUCAUCAGGCAUCAUCUCUGAGGUGUUAGAUGAUGUUGAAAGGAGGAGCUUCACUCCCCAGGACCCUGACGAUGCCAACUUCUUUGCCACGGCUAUGCAAGUGUGCUGUGACCUGAAGGACAUCAAGCUCGCCUAUCGGUUAAACAGGGCAAUGGAGAAGGGAGACAACUGGAAAUUCUUGGACAUGGAUCGGUUAAAUGCCUACUGGUCAAAAUUCUUUUCCUUGCUGUGUAUGAUGGAACAGAUUGACACGGUGUUGAAAUGGUACAAAGAAAUGUCCACUUCGCUCUUCUAUCCUUCUCCUAAAAAUAUAUUGGACCUCCUUCAAGCACUGGAUGCAGCCAACCACUUGGAAGUGAUCCCUUCGGUCUGGGAAGAUAUGAAACAGUUGGGGUUUAAUAGAAGACAGGACCUGUUGGAAGAGGUGUUGUCUUUGAUGAGCAGGGAGCAGCACCCUGAGGAGAUUCAGCUGGCAUUUGCCAAGUGUGCUGAAGACAUCAAAGCUGUCCACGAGCAAACAGGGAGGGAGCAGGUCCCCUUGGAAUGGACAGGCAGUGCCCUGGGCCGUGUUGCUGUGUUGUUUUCCAGGGCUGGGAGAACCCAGGAUGCUUGGAACAUGAUGGAGCGUUUCCAGAAAAUCAAUAGGAUUCCCACUGACCAGGUGAUGGAUGAGUUCUUGACCUGUGCUAAACAAACCAGUUGCCCGGAUGAGGCAAUUAAGCUGGUCAAGCUGGCAACGUCCCUCGGCCUCCCUGCAGCUCAGAGGCUUAAGAGCAGAACAGAGAAGGAAUUUGAACUCUCUGAAAAGCAGAAGGAGACAUUGGAGAGUAUCAGGCCAGACAGUGAUAGUGACAGUGACAGCGACAGUGACCGUGAAUAGCUGAGCCUCUUGCCUUCCCCUUGGAAAAACUGGGAGCAGGCACCUCCUCCCUGCCAGGAGGCUUCUGUGCGAAGUGGAAUCACUGACAGCACAGCUUCUGGGAGGUGCUGCAGCACUGCUGAGCACUCCAGAGCACUGAUACAGGACCUGCCUGGCAAGAGGAUGUUGUCCUCACUGGAGCAAGCUGGAGCCUGUCCUGUUGGACCCUCUUGGUACCUUCAACCACAGUGUGAGCUAUACCAACACAGCCUCUUCUCCACCACCCCCUGCACCAGCUGGGUCCUGCCAGGCAGCAGCAGCACUUGGCUCAGGUACAGGGGGGGCUGCAGUGAGAGGAGAGCAGCUUCCUGGAGGCUGCUCAGCAGGUUCAAGACUUUGACAGCUUGAGCAAGACUUCUCUUGGACCUCCUGUGACUUAAACCUGCACCAGAUUGAAUUCCUUUCCAGCUAACUUUAAUGAACUACUGAAAUGUCAAGUUUACUGCAAGUAAGGGAGUAUUCAUCCCCUGUGGUGUUAUCCCUCAUCUUUUUUGGUGUUUUGGGACAGGCUUUGGACUGUAGAUGUUAAAAAGCUGCCAUUUGUACAGAGGAGAUGGCAUCUAAUAAAUGGCUGACAUUUAAA